AUGCAGAACGAGUUGGAGUCCUGCACAGAGGAACACCCAAUAUCCCCAAGAGCGCCGCCACCUCAACCAACAAUGCAUGUCACCAAUUCCGGUCUCAUUACCUCUUCAGACACGUCUUGCCCAACAGCUGUUCCAGUGGUUCGGUCUGAGCAAUGCGAAAACCAGGCCAAGAACUCGGUUUUCUCAAACGCUCUUUCAAUUCCGGUACGCCGUAGCCUGCAGAACUACCAAAUUCCGCAGGGAGGAUACAUAUCUGGCGGAACCAGAAGCAGUGAACUGAACAGGGGAUCUGACUCUCCAAGUUCUUUUGAUUCUUCAAUGGACAUGCAUGCAGAAUAA